AUGGCGGGAACCGUGUACUUGAGAACUGAUCGUUUCGAGGUGAAACUCGAAGGGAUGACCUUCAAGACAAAAGAUUUCGAAUCCCUAUGCAAAACGGACUUCCUCUUCCUGGACGGAAAAGAUUGGGCCCACCGUCCGAUCGUGGGCCUCGACAUCAUGCACCAUCCACGUGACCCAUCUAUUGUCCUUCUCCUCCUCUGUUUCGGGCUGGGCUGCGUCGUUCUCCGUUUUCGGGCCGGAGAUGCCCUCCCGCGCGGCAUCCACAAAUUCCUCGCCGACAAAAGGAUCCAAAUCGUGUGCUUCGGUCUUCCCGAGAAAAUCGAGCUUUUCCCGUUCGAGGAGCUUGGUUUGAAUCGAAACGAGACGGACAUCGGCUACCUAGCCGCCAAGAUCUUAAAGGACCCGAGAUUCCGAAAAUCCGAGCUCGAUGAGCUGGCGCGCAAGGUGCUCGGGAUCAAGCGGAUGAUCGGGUUGACCGAGGCCUCGUCCUUCGAGAGGCACGAGCAGAUCAAAUCAGCUAUCUGCCAGCUUUUCAUCACGUCACUCAUCGGGAUGGGCCUACUCGGCGCCGCCAAGGAGGAGCGGAAGAAAUCGACGGACAAUUAUCGUUCGAAAAAGGGCUCGUUUCUCAAGAACUUGAACUCCCUUCAUCUUUUGGCCGAGGGGUGGUUCAAGCUGACGAAGGUCGUGCAGAGAAAAAAUAAUAACAAUAAUAAUAAUAAUACCCUUAUCCAACCGGGCAAUUAUAACGAUGACGACGAUAAUAAGAAAGUAGCGUCGGGCGAUAAUUAUGAAAACGCCCUCGUGGACGUGCUCGUGAACAUAAAUAAUGUUAUGUCGGGCGAGUCGACCCCACGUGACGCUAAGGGCGGAGACGUCAUUUUCGAUUUCGACGAUGAGGAGAGAAAGAAUAUUGAUAAUGAUAAUAAUAAGCCGAUUAAGGGGAUUUUGAAGUGCUCGUCGACUGCAACGCUGGUGCAGAGGAACGAGGAGUCGUCGUCUCCGGUGAACACGUCCACGUCAUCGCCGCCGCCGCUAGCGUCGCCGGUGGGGCCCGCGAAAGGUAUGCUUAAGCGGGCAAAUUCUAAAGGGUGCAAUGUUAGCUUUAAGUUACAUUAG